AACCGGCUAGCAAUUUCUGCAAAAGAAUUUUGUUUACAUUUAACAAAGAUGGCAUUAUCGCCGGACAAUUGCGAUACUUUAAUGCAAAAUGAUGUGAUUGACGUAAAUGAUGAGAUUGCAAACAAUACAACUGGAAAUGAAACAGAGAAACGUCCCUCAACAGUCAAAACAGCGCAAGACGCAGUUUACGAUGCUGACAGCGAAAUGGUAGAAUCAGCCGAAGAGGAAGACGACAAAGCACCAAAGCAAGAGCCGUGCUCAGAUGAUGAUAGAUCCACAGUGAUUGCACCAAUCAGCCGCCCGCCAACCGAACCGCUCUCCAAGCACAACUUAAAAUGGAAUCUGCGCGUCAUCAUCUCAAAUUUGUAUAUGAAGAGCGAACGGCGUUUGCCGAGCGCUUGUGUGCCAAAAUGCCUGCACAAUACGAGCCAAUGCGUCAGCCGGCAUCGCUGUGCCAUGCUGCCCGAUGCACCCGAUAUCAGUAUAGCUCAAGAGCUGCGCAAUAAUCUCUACAGGCAGCAUUAUGAUACAUAUUUGGAUAUAUUGGAAACGAUGGCGCUGCAGUCAGUUUAUCCAGAUGAAGCGGUUUUCGAUCGACUCAUCGAUAUGAUUAUGAUACUCAACACAAAGAGCUUGACCCUCGAAGAGCUGCAUAACAGAUAUAGAAAUGUCAUACGGAUCUAUUAUUUGCUAGUGGAUGCAUUUCCUCCCUGUUGGACCGCAUUGCGUCCAUAUUAUUUAAAUUUCCUGGGAGCUACGAGCGACAAUCCACAAAAGCUGCAGCUGCUAUUGGAUUUAUUUGAAGAUUGCCUGGGCAAAUGUAGCGUAACAGAACUGCGUGAGCUGACGCCCUACUACGAGCAAUUCGUUCAUGAUUAUGAGGCUGAGGACAGUUCAAAAUUAAGCUCUGAUGACAUGUUUCAGCGCCAUGUCCAGGACUACGACUGGCAGAGCGGCAAGCAGUGGGUGGACGAGUUUAAGGCCAUGUCCCCAGCUGUGCAACUGGCACGUCUCUGCGAUGCCUUGGAUAUGAUUUGCUGGGUAUUGGAACGCGAAUUCUUAGCCUGGCUGGACCAUAAUCGUCUGCAGCAAUCGGAGCCCGAGAUCUUUCAAGAGGACUCCAAGCCGUUUGUGCUCAUCGUCUUUGGCAUAGAGAAGGACAAGAGAUUAACGAAGUUAACCCAACAGUUGCUGCGUGUGUAUAGUCGUGCAGCAGCUAAGUCCUUGUAUGCAGAUCGUUUAAGCAUCCUCGAGCGCUUUAUCUCACUGCUCAUGGAGGCAAGCAACACAGCGGAGCUGGAGUAUGCCAACAACUCGUUAAUAUAUCCCAAUUUGGGUCCUCAGACACGCCGCCUUAUUGCGGAGUUCUUUAAACUAUUCAAAGUCGAAAAUCCCUCGGAUCUCACCACUUAUAUACGCACCAUCUCGCAGCUGAGUCAGCCCUAUGUGCGUUGGGAAUUCGCGGAUAAUUUUCUGAGAUUGUUCUACUAUUCCGAUGCAGCAUUUGGGCCGGAAAAAGUGUGCGAGGAGCUGAAGCUAAAGCGUUGGCUCAAGUACAGGCCACGCAGCGCCAUCGAUGAGGCAGACAACGAACAGCUCUCUAGAGAGGACUACUUUAAGAUCAUGCUCAAUGCGCUGCAGGAUUAUUGCAACUGGUUUGAUUUGCAAGCCUGUUGGAAGUACAUAAAAACCAAAACACCUGUCCAGCAGCUGCAGGCAAGAACAAGUAGUCCGCUGGCUACGCCUGCGGGUCUGGUUACCGAAGAUGUUGGCAAAAUCUUUAUGCUCGAUGAGAUGCAGAAGGAGGCGCACACUUGGAAGCAGCGCAUCAAUGCAAAAGUGAUUUUGGCCAGGCCCAAAGUGAAUCUCCCAGUGGCUAGGAUCAGCAUAGGCACCAUGGCUGAGCGUUAUGGAAGCGAUAUACGACAAUUGCGAUAUCUACGACGUAUUCUGCUGGAAGUAAUGCGUUUUGAGGAUGUCACAGAUUGGCUGAACUAUGUUAACGAUUUUCUGGGCGAAGAUGAGCCAGCCGUUUCGUCUUAAUGCCACAGAAGAAUCUGGGCACAAAUUCAAGUGAUAGCUGUAAACUAAAGGUAUUUGGUAAAUCCACUACAAUAAGUCAAAGA